CCUCCAACCCCUGGCUUCUUUUCAUCUUCUCGACGCUGCUUCUUUUCUUUCACUAUACCAAAUCCAUCAGCUGCUCUCUUCCUGUCUGAAACAUCUUUGUCGGUGGUUCCGCCUUUGUUUAUGCCACUGCCCCGGUUCUUCUAGAAGAACCGCACCAUUCUCCAUACUCGCACUUAUAUAUUGCCCGCGAGGGCUGCUCUCCAUCUUCUUCCUCCUGCUCAACUCUGCACCUGCACUUCGUGGCCCAAUUACCAAUUCUCCCCACAAGGUGCUCCGUACCAGUACGAUACCGUACUCCAUAUUAUUACUACUCAGUACUCCCAGCGCAAUACGAGUAGCAAACGACAGACGCUUGGGGCCUAGCUGAAACUCCGCACCCCCCCUGGUUGACUCGAGUUCCAUCAGUUCUUCCAAAGACGUUCUAUUUUCUCCCGAGCAUUCCGUGGUUCAAUUUCGCCAUCGCUACUUGCUGAGCCCUAAAGCUGCCAUCAAGCUUCCUAAUGGCACCUCCAAACGACUCAUUCCGCGAUAUCAAAAUGACCGUCGUUCCUCCUUCCGACCAUGACGGAUUCCGGGGGCGAACGCGUGACCGCAAUGUCCCCAGCUCCAAGAGCUUGCGCCCAGAUGAAUCAAGCACGCUGCGAGGGCGGUCUCGUCGGCGCUCUAUUUCACCCUUUAGCUUGACCUCUCGAACCUCCUCUCCCUCGGUCAAGUCCUCCGCAAACCGACUUAUUCUUCACAAUCGCCUGCGAGAGAAGCGCCGCGAGCACUGCCCUUCCAGGAUCGCUUCGCCUGCCAGUCAAGAUGUCUUCCAGUCACAACAGCGCAUGAGAAGCCGAAGCCGAAGCCGCGGGCCUCGCGUGGAGCAAGAACUCCAUAGACCUGUCGACCAUCUGUCCAGUCUUCGAAACGAGGUGUUCUUGUCUGACGAGGAGACUGAUCACAACAAAGCUUGUUGACAUGGGAAGAAACUGCUGCUGCCACUAAACUGGGAUGUGGCAAGCGAUUGUAAUGCCGCUGCAUGGAAUCUGAAAAGCAACGAUAUCUGUACGAUGACCACCACGACGGGGAUACGAAAAGAUGCUUUUUUCUUUAAUACUGGUGUUUAUGACGGCAACGCAUUGGGAAUACUAUUCAAGAAUGGCCUUUCUGGAUAUCGGAGACUGGCACGUCCCGAAUACUGUUUUAUUAUUAUUAUCUAUUUUUAUUUUUGGCGCUGGCGAAGCUUACUGUGUGUCUUUUCUGAGCGAUCCAUUGCUGGCAGCGAGAGGCGGAGAGUCGCCUCGUGCAAAAUUUCUGUAAUACAUAGUCUGCAAUUCAAAAAUUUACCUUUUAUU